AUGGAUGAAAACGAUGUUAAACGAAGUCAAGCGUCUGUUUUUAAACGAUUUCGACAACAUCGUCAGCAAUCAACAUCAUUAUCAUCAUUUCAAGUAACAGAUCAACAACAUAAAGAUCAGGAUUCUCUUGUAAAUCAAAUAUCAAAUAAUAAAAGCAGCGAACGAAAGUCAAUCCAUGAUUUAACCAUUGAUCACACAUAUGGCAAUACUAAAACAAAUGUACAACUGCCAUUCGACUGGUCAUCUCCGGAUGUAACGACAACGGUCAUGGACAAUAAACAUUACUUUAGUUUAUAUUUAAUUCGUAUUAAACAUGGAUUGGUUCUUUUCUCUCUCUUACUCACUGCUGUUCAAAGUCUUGUUUAUUUACUCUUGGCAAUCUUUUCCGAAAAGCAGUACAUGUCAGUUAUUCGUCUAAUGGGUAUUGUCACAUUUUCAAUUGUUACCAUACAUACAACUCUGCCUGUGUCACGUUCAUGGACAUUCCUAAUGGCUUUAAUAACAUCGCUUAUACAUUUAAUGCUUGUUAUACGUACACACAGUAUUCCGGACCCGAAUAAUAAGUCACAUAAAAUGGAAUUUAAAUUAGAAGUUAUUUGUCUUUCAUUGUUCUUUGUUGCAUGCAAUCUCUUCGGCUUGUGUCAUCGUUAUUUAACUGAUGCACAUCAAAAGAAAACUUAUCAUAAUACAAUGCGUUGUAUUGAAGCUCGGAUACGGCUUGAAUGUGAGAAAGAACAACAAGAAACGUUAAUACUUAGCGUGAUUCCAGCACAUAUCGCUUUAAGUAUGAAGUCAGAAAUGUUACGCAAAGUAAAAGACACAGCCAAAUAUCAUAAUAUCCAAUCUCGUGAUUAUGAUGAUCAACGAUCUAAUGCAAAGAAGAUCAACACGCGUAAAGCAGCAUUUCAUGAUUUGUAUGUUAAAAAACAUGAAAAUGUGACCAUUCUAUACGCUGAUAUUGUUAAUUUUACUCCAUUAUCAGAAAAAUUUGCUCCGCCAGAACUUGUACAAAUUCUAAAUAAACUUUUUGGAAAAUUUGAUCAAUUAGCACAAGAAUGUGAUUGUAUGAGAAUAAAAAUUCUAGGUGAUUGUUAUUAUUGUGUGAGUGGUUUACCAAUCAGUCGGCCGAAUCAUGCAACUAAUUGUGUACGAAUGGGUUUAAAAAUGAUUGAAAUUAUAAAAUUAGUACGAGAAGCAACCGGUGUCAAUGUUGAUAUGCGUAUCGGUAUUCAUACAGGACGAGUUUUAUGUGGAGUACUAGGUCUAAAAAAAUGGCAAUACGAUACAUGGUCCGACGAUGUAACAUUAGCAAAUCAUAUCGAAGCUGGUGGUGUACCAGGGCGUGUGCAUAUAUCUGAAAGUACAAGACUAAGUUUGGGCAAUGAGUAUCAAGUGGAAAUCGCUAAUGGACAUGAACGUGAUGCAUAUAUAGCAAAACUAGGUAUCAAGACAUACUUCAUCAUACCCCGUGAUAUACCAAACAACCAAAAUCAGUUAAUGAUGAAUGGAGAUAUUCGUAAAUCAAGCAAAAAAAUGCAGAAACUCUUAGAUACUUGGUCAAAUGAAACUCCAUUUGUGCUUCAACGUCUUGCUGAUAGUGAUAAAUCUGAUGCAGCAAAGAGUUUUGUUCUUCUCGAAGAUAAUUUAAAACCGUUAGCAACAUCAUUCAUUUGCUCUCGACGUAGUUUAAACGAUUUGGAACCAUUCACAUUAGAAUUCAAUACACAAGAAAAUAAAGAAAAUAAAAUUCUCGAAGAUGAUGAAGGAAAUCGUCGAGCAACGGAAAGCUUAUUUCGUGCGUCACCAGAAUUACGGUAUCGAUAUUAUGUUCUAAAUGCCGCUUGUAUCUUCUUCUCAAUUCUUGUCAUCCAAGCAUUAAUUUUUGAAAGAAAUGCUUUAUACCUCGUUUUAAUGAUAACUGGCUUAUGUGCCUUUAGCGUAGCAGGCUCGCUUUGUGUUCUAGAUCUUUCUAAAUUACGGCGAAAUAAUCAUCGCUCAUUACUUGAUCGAUCGACAUAUUUAGUAACACACUACUACUUUAUUCGUUUACCUGUUAGUCUUAUUUUAAUAAUGAUUUGUAUUUUAACACCAUUUACUGUCACUUGGUCACCAGCUGUCGAUAUAAAAGAAUCGUUUGAAAAUACAUCCGUGUUCACUAACGAUUUAUUAUUUGGAAAUUCAAAUCUUUCAUUUAUACAAAACUAUAUCAACCAAACGAUUCUCGUUCCACUUCAUAGUAUUAGUGUAGUGUCAUCGAUUAGUAAUCCUGUCCUAUUUGAAUUAUGCCCACAUUUCGAAUUUCAUAUUCUAUUAAUUCAAAUGGCUUUAUUAACCAUAUCUUCAUUUAUGCACCUUUACUUUCUUCUCAAAGCAUUAAUUAUGAUUGCUUUAGUAACUAUCUACGUGUUCUACUCAUUUCAUACGAAAAUCUAUCGUACAAUUGCUGAGAAUUAUGGUUUAACAAGUAGUUUACUGCUAUUAGAAACAACAUUAGAAGUGUCCUUCUUUAUUCUUCUAUUGAUCGCAUUGGACCGACGGAUCGAAUAUAUGAGUCGACUUGAUCUAUUAUGGACAGUAAAAUUUCAAAAUGAAAAGCAUGAAGUAGAAACUAUAAGCACAAUAAGUCGAUUAUUAUUGGAAAAUAUUCUUCCGAAACAUGUAGCAGAGAUUAUUAUGAAGGAAAAUAUGAGCCAGGGUCUUUAUCAUGAAAGUUAUGAUAAUGUCGUUGUGAUGUUCGCAUCAAUACCCAAUUUUAAAGAAUUUUAUGUUCAAUCCGAUGCUAACAAUGAUGGAUUAGAAUGUUUAAGGCUACUCAAUGAAAUUAUUGCUGAAUUUGAUAAACUAUUGGAUAAGAAUAAAUUCAGUUGUGUGGAAAAAAUUAAAACGAUCGGACAUACUUAUAUGGCAGCAGCGGGUCUCAAUCCAGGUGCUGAACAUCGGAUGACAAGAGAACGAUACAAUCAAAACGUCGUUGCACUUGCUGAAUUUGCUUUUGCUAUGAUUGCAGUUCUCGAAGGAAUCAACCGAGAUUGCUUCAAUGAUUUUAAAUUACGAGUUGGCAUGUGUAAUGGACCUCUUGUUGCCGGUAUUGUUGGUGCAAAAAAACCUCAGUAUGAUAUUUGGGGUAAUACAGUCAAUGUUGCUUCACGAAUGGAUAGUACGGGUGUGGUUAGUUGUAUUCAUGUUCCAGAAGAAACUCAACGAGUUCUAUUCGAAAAUGGUUAUUCAUGUGAAUGUCGUGGACCGAUCUAUGUCAAAGGCAAAGGUAACAUGACAACAUAUUUAGUCCGACAACGUGGUUACAUGCUACCGACAUCCGCUUCAAAUCUCUCGUCGAUAGGUACAGCACCGAAUAAAUGA